AUGUGCAGUUAUUCUCUGAGUCCAUGCAAAUCUGACCACCGAGAAAAAGAUCUAAACCGUCCAGUCCAAGUCAGUAAAUCGUUGAGAGCAUGUUCUGGUUGGUCAAGGACACUAGUUUUAGACUUUAUAAAAGAUCAGGGAUUUUGGGGUUGCACAAACUGUCAUGAAUUGAAUUACGUGUCGACCUAUGAGGCCAAAUUUGCAAUGAAGCUAUUGCUGUUGUUCAAACUAAGCAAAAACAAUUACACGGUACUGCAGAUGAUUGAUCUUUUCUGGUAUUGA